AUGUCUGCUUGUCGAUUUGGGAGUAGAUUUCUCUCCCCUCUACAAGUUAAAAAUUUACGCCUUUCCAGCUCAUCUCUUAUAUCACAAUCACGAACAUUAUCUACACAAUCGACCUGGUUCAAUCGAUCCGAAAAUUCCAACAGUAAUCAAGGUGGAAGAAGUAAAUCAUCAUUAGCCUCCGUUGCCACGGUUUUAGCCGCUGGAUUAGGCGGUGUAAUAUGGCUCUAUCAUCACCGUCAACGUUGGCUAUCAUCGCUUUUACCCAUCACUUAUGCUGCCGAGGAAGAAAAUCAAGAAGAAGAAACUGUACCCAAAGUUGUCAAGUUAAAAAAGAGCCAACGCCGAUUUAAUAGCUAUGCUUCACGUGAAUAUAUGGGAGAACCGGUGAUGACGCCCCACGAUUUUUUACAAUGUCUUUUAGGGUCUCACGUUACUGCGCGUAAAUGUCGAAUGGCACUAUCACAAAGGGAAGUAGAAGAAAUGCUCAAAAAGACACCGCCAGCAUCACGAGGUUCUGCCAAGCUAUUUCGUUCAAUCGGCCAUGAGGGGAUAAUUACCUAUUCGGAGUUUCUUUUUCUCGUAAAUGCUUUAACAAAACCUCGUUCUGGCAUCGAUAUUGCUUUUAGAAUGAUAGACACCGAUUGUAGUGGAAAUAUUGAUUUUAAAGAAUUUCUAAACUUACAAGAAAUGAUUUCACCGAAGGAAAGUAAAUCAAAGGAAGCUGACGGAAAGACCGAUGGAUUUAAAUCCACUUUAGUAGCGCACUUAUUUGGGUUUAAAACUAAUCGCGAAUACAUCACAUUCCCGAUGUUUGAAAAAUUUAGUACAUUUAUUAGAAGUUUGGAUGAUUUCUCAGUAGCGAUGCGUAUGUUUGCUAUCACAAAUCAAUGCAUCACUAAAGAUGAAUUUAAUAGAGCUCUGAGAGCAUCAACUCGCUUAACAUUGGAUCCUACAAUUGUAAAUGUCAUCUUCUACUUAUUCGACCUAAAUGAUGAUGGCACUCUACAUUACGAAGAUUUUGUCGAUGUCUUAAGAAGUAGACGUGAAAGACGCUACGUGGAGAAAAAAGCAAACGGUUACGAAUUUUUCAAAUCUUGCUUUAAACGUCAAGUCCGUAAAUAG